AACCUCAAAUCUCCUUGUCCCUUUUCAUUCAAGAUGACCAAUUCAGCUGCCUUGUGCUUGUUCCGGCUUAGCUUUUUCUUGUUCACUCUUCAAGUCAUGAAUGUUGGCAGGAUUAGCGCUGCAACUAGGUUCUACCAAUUCAAGGUACAAACAAUAAGACUCACCAGGCUAUGCCAAACAAACGAGAUUGUAACAGUCAACGGGAAAUUCCCUGGCCCUGCGAUAUCUGCUCAAGAAGAUGACAGAAUUGUCGUUAAAGUCAUCAACAUGACCCCCUAUAAUACCACAAUUCAUUGGCAUGGUAUUAAGCAAAAACUAUCAUGUUGGUAUGAUGGUCCAUCUUAUAUCACACAAUGUCCAAUUCAGAGUGGACAAAGUUUCACUUACAACUUCAAAGUGGCACAACAAAAGGGCACCUUUUUAUGGCAUGCACACUUUUCUUGGCUUAGAGCUACAGUAUAUGGUCCGCUUAUUGUAUAUCCUAAAUUAUCUGUUCCUUACCCAUUCAAGAAACCCUUCAACGAGCAUACAAUUCUUCUAGGAGAGUAUUGGCUUAAGAACGUGGUAGAGCUGGAACAACAAGUACUGGAAAGUGGAGGACCUCCUCCUCCAGCAGAUGCAUUCACAAUUAAUGGUCAACCAGGACCUAACUACAAUUGCUCCUCUAAUGAUGUUUUUGAGAUUCAGAUAGUACCAAGGAAGACAUACCUGCUAAGGCUGAUAAAUGCUGGCAUUAACAUGGAGACCUUCUUCACAAUAGCUAAUCACAGGUUGACCAUAGUGGAAGUAGAUGGCGAAUACACCAAACCUUAUACAACAGAGCGUGUGAUGCUUGUACCUGGACAGACAAUGAACAUUCUUGUCACAGCUGAUCAAGCCGUUGGGAGAUACUCCAUGGCCAUGGGUCCAUACGAGUCUGCAAAGAACGUCAAGUUUCAAAACACAUCAGCGAUAGCUAAUUUCCAAUACAUUGGUGCAUUGCCUAACAGUGUAACAGUACCAGCUAAGUUACCUAUUUUCAAUGAUAAUAUUGCUGUUAAGACUGUCAUGGAUGGGCUCAGAAGUCUAAAUGCAGUUGAUGUUCCAAGAAACAUUGACGCUCAUCUCUUUAUCACAAUCGGAAUAAAUGUAAACAAGUGUAACUCUGAAAAUCCAAACAACAAGUGUCAAGGGCCCAGAAAAGGACGACUAGCAGCUUCAAUGAACAACAUCAGCUUCGUCGAACCUAAAGUCUCGAUUUUAGAAGCUUAUUACAAGCAACUGGAAGGUUACUUCACUUUAGAUUUCCCGACCACGCCGGAAAAAGCCUAUGACUUUGUCAAUGGGGCACCCAAUGACAUAGCCAAUGACACGCAGGCUGCAAAUGGGACAAGAGCUAUAGUUUUCGAGUAUGGGAGCAGGAUACAAAUCAUCUUCCAGAAUACUGGCACACUCACAACAGAAAAUCAUCCAAUUCAUCUUCAUGGACACAGCUUUUAUGUUAUUGGCUAUGGCACAGGCAACUAUGAUCAACAAACAGCACAAUUUAACCUGGAGGAUCCUCCUUACAUGAACACUAUUGGAGUCCCAGUAGGAGGAUGGGCGGCAAUUCGGUUUGUUGCCAACAAUCCAGGGCUCUGGUUAUUGCAUUGUCAUUUCGACAUCCAUCAAACAUGGGGAAUGAGCACGAUGUUUAUAGUGAAAAAUGGCAAGAAGGUGCUAGAGAGUCUGCCUCAUCCUCCUGCAGAUCUACCAAAGUGCUAGCUUCAUUGAAAUUAACAUAUGGUGACAAAGAACUAGUUUUCAGAGGAAGAAUUUUUUUGGUAACAACCACGGAAAUAGAACUACACUUUCCAU